UUGGUUUACAAUAACAUGAGAGAGUACGAAAAAGCAAAAGAUUUUUUUGAACGAGCAAUAAAAAUUCAAACAAAAUCAUUUGGACCUGACCAUGUUAAUAUUGGGACAAUGUACAGCAAUCUGGGUUGGGUUUACAGUGAAAUGGAAGAGUACGAAAAAGCAAAAGAUUUUUAUGAACGAGCGAUGAAAAUUCAAACGAAAACUUUUGGACCUGACCAUGUUGAUAUUGCGUUAACCUACAACAAUCUGAGUUCUGUUUACAGUAAAAUGGGAGAGUACGAAAAAGCAAAAGAUUUUUUUGAACGAGCGAUAAAAAUUCAAACGAAAGCAUUUGGAACUGACCAUGUUAGUAUUGCGACAAUGUACAACAAUCUGGGUUCGGUUUACAGAGAUAUGGGAGAGUACGAAAAAGCAAAAGAUUCUUAUGAACGAGCGAUGAAAAUUAAAACAAAAGCAUUUGGACCUGACCAUGAUAAUAUUGCGGCAACGUACAACAAUCUGGGUUCGGUUUACGAGGAGAUGGGAGAGUACGAAAAAGCAAAAGAUUUUUAUGAACGAGCGAUAGAAAUUGAAACGAAAACAUUUGGACCUGACCAUGUUAAUAUUGCGUCAACGUACAACAAUCUGGGUUGUAUGUCUUCUUACAGCUGA